UUAAACAGGGCUGAGAACCCAUUGCAGAUGAUGAAUGUUCUGGCCGACCUUUGACUUCACAAAAUGAGGAAAAUGUUGAGUUGGUCUCUUAAUGUGUUCGCAAAGAUCAUCAUCAAACCCUUGAAAAAAAUCACUGCAGCUACUCACUUAUCAAAGAUUAGUUGCCAGUGUAUUUUAACGGAAGAUCUUAAGAUGCAUAGAGUGUCUCAGCACAUUGUCCCUCAGCUUUUGACUUCUGAACAAAAGGAAGAACGAAUGAGAAUAUCAGGUGAUUUAAUCAAUAAAGCCAAUAAGGAUCCAGCUUUUUUGAACCACAUCAUAACAGGUGAUGAAACGUGGUGUUAUUUAUUUGAUAUCCAAUCAAAACGUGCUUCUUCAACAUGGAAAUCACCCUCCUCACCACAAUUGAAUAAAUUCCGGCAGGAUUGGAGCAAAGGGAAAGUCAUGAUGGAGGUAUUUUUUGAUUCUCAAGGAAAUGUUCAUUCUGAAUUUAUUCCUGAAGGCAGAGCAGUAAACAAGGAGUAUUAUCUAGACAUUUUACGUCAUUUGAGGGAAUCCAUUCGUUGUAAAUGGCUGCAGAUCUGGUGAAGAGGAGACUGGUACCUUCUGCAUGACAAUGUACCUGCACAUCGGUGCCAAAUGGUCACACAGUUUCUUGCCAAAACUCAAAUUAAUGUGCUUCCACACCCCACCUAUUCACCAGACUUAGCCCCGUGAUAUUUUUAUUUGUUUCCAUCAAUGAAAAAGCAUUUGCAGGUAUGCUGUUUUGUGUCAUCAGAUGAGGUGAGAGCAACAUUGCAGGAGUCCUUACAGGAGG